CAAAUGUCAUUAUCUGUCACUUUGGCAUCUUGUCUUCUACUUCGUACGUCCCUUCUGGAGGUGCCAGUCAUUAAAAGCUUAUGGAUAAUUUUUGAGGCUUGUAAAUUAUUGUUAAUUUAAAUUGAAAUAGUAUUUGUCUAUUUUGAAUUAUAAAAUAUUAAAAAUGUUUAUUUGGGAUUGGUUCACUGGUGUCCUAGGAUAUUUGGGUUUAACAUCUCGUAAAGGAAAAUACAUAUUUACCGGUUUGCCUGGCUCAGGAAAGUGCUCCUUAAUCAAACACUUGGAGGAGGAGGGCCUCAUAGACUUUACGUCUUUCGAUAUUCAGUACAGUCAGAGCAACAGAGAUACCCUCAAUAAUAGUUAUAGAGCUUCGGAGGAAUUAUCCAUUGGAAACAUCAGAUUCACAACCUUUGACUUAGGUGGCCAUUCACAAGCAAGAAGAGUAUGGAAAGAUUAUUUCCCAGCUGUAGAUGCUAUUGUAUUCUUGAUUGAUGCCUUCGAUAGAACAAGAUUCCGUGAAAGUAAAAAGGAAUUAGAUAGUUUAUUAACAGAUGAAACAUUGGCAAACUGUCCCAUUCUCAUAUUGGGUAAUAAAAUUGAUAUCACAGGUGCUGCAUCAGAAGAUGAAUUAAGAACAUAUUUUGCCUUGUACAAUCAAACUACUGGAAAGGGCAAAGUUCCAAGAUCCGAGCUACCUGGUCGUCCUCUAGAAUUAUUCAUGUGUUCAAUCCUUCGAAAACAAGGAUACGGAGAUGGUUUCCGUUGGAUCGCUCAGUAUAUGGACUGAGAAGUACUAUUGGGAUGAAUUGAAUCAACUACCCGUUUUUUAUAUUCAUCAUUGGUUUUUUUGUUUUAUUUGGUUGUCUCCCCUUUGUCGACAUAAGUGGGAUUGUUAAUUGAAGUCAUCUGUCAAAUUUUGAAAAUAUUGUCACAUUUUAAAUUUUACCUUUUUCAUGUCCUGUUGCGGUUUGUCGAUGUAUCAUUUUUCAUAUAUUUCACCUAUAAGCAUAUACACUAAGAAUCAAUAAGUGGAACUUGCAAAAUUGUUUAUGAUGAAUCAUGAAGGAUAUUGUAUAUGAUCGAAAUUUCCAGUGAAACAUAUUGGUUGAAAUAAAAUGCUUUGUAAAAUAA